AUGUCUGAACAACGAGAUACCUCCGAGGAGGCCCGCAUGAUUGCGAAGAUCUACUUCAAUGAGUUCUAUAGGAAGGUAGAUAGCCUCGAGCGUAAUCCCAGCGGUACUGUCUACGAUCCUAGAAUGGGUCCUCCUCCUCCAUCCCCAACCCUGAAAGAAUUCCGUCCCGCACCUCCAAGCCCCCAAGCUCCACGUCCGGACACACCCCGCCCAGCUGAUCACUUUGGAAGCGGAAUGCGUAUCCCAGGCAAGGCAAUCGUCAACGAGAACUGGGAAGAAAACUUCCUGCGCGUCUUGGGUACGACAUACGCCGGCUACGGCUGGCGGAACCUAGGAGACAUGACGACGGCAUGCUGGCGCUGGGUCCGAAACAAGGCAAACCGACACAAGAUGGACAUUCGAUGGAGCAUGGAAGAGAUUGAGCGUUAUGGAAGACUCUCGGUCUGGGGCGUUCAUGAGGAUGUGAUUGAAGCACUCAUAGGCUGGCCGGCUAACCCACGAUUCACUCCUCAGGAGGAAGCUCACUUCGAGGCGGCGGUUCAUGAUGAGUUGAAGUAUAUUCCUGUGACGCAGCAGGAGGCUGAGACCAAUGUUGAGGAGCGCCAGCAAGAGCCCCAGGCAGGACAGUGA